UCUCUCUCUUAGCCAUGGAUAUGGGUGUGGGGUGUAGAGCGGUGGCUCUGUUGUUGGUAGCCAUGUUUGCUGGCUUGGAGGUUUCAAUGGCAGCAGUGUACAAGGUUGGGGACUCAGCUGGUUGGACCAUCAUUGGGAAUAUUGAUUACAGGGCCUGGGCUGCUUCCAAGACGUUUCAUGUUGGAGAUGUCAUGAUUUUCGAAUACAAUUCUCAAUAUCACAACGUGUUGCAAGUGACCCACAAAGAGUACCAAGCCUGCAAUUCCUCAGCCCCAAUCGCCACCUACAGCACGGGAAACGACUCCAUCACCAUCACCAAACGCGGCCAUCACCUCUUCCUAUGUGGCUUCACCGGUCACUGCCAGGCUGGACAGAAGGUUGACAUCAAUGUGCCUCGGACUCCACUCUCUCCGACCCCUUCACCGUCCCCUUCAAGUCCUGCCACCAUAGCACCUGCUGCACCUCCUCCAAGUGCUGCUGCUCCACGGUAUGCUUUGAUGGGGCUUCUUGGUAAGCUCGGAUUGUCUAUGGCGGUUUUCGCAGUUUUUCUUUCAGGUUUUGCUUAAUCAGGGAAGAGAGUCUCUCAGUUCAGUUUAUGGGUUUUUGGGUAGUUUAUUUCAUCAUUGUGUGUGUAAAGUGGAGAUUGUUCAGUUUACUUUUAGACACAGAUGGGUAUUUUGCAUCCAAAACAACUUAUCAAUAUUCAAAUAAUUUGUUACAGUACAUACCACUUCUUUGUGAUUUGAAUGAGCCAUGUUAGAAGUUCCAUA